UCGACUCUGUAGCUCAUGCUCACACGCACGCUAACUAUCCAUAGUGUAGCUAGAAUGGAACAGCUGACGAGUGACGACUGUCAGCAGGAGGACGAGCUCAAUCUUGGGCUCACCCUCCUCACCACGGCCGCGACGGAGCCCGGCGUCGGCUUCUUCCUCUGCGUGUACUGCGACCGUAAGUUCCGCAGCUCGCAGGCGCUCGGCGGCCACCAGAACGCGCAUAAGCACGAACGUAGCGUCGCCAAGCGCCGGCAGCUGAUCGCUGCCGCGACGCGCGUGGGUGCGCGUGCUGCGGCGCAGGACGAGAGGCAGCCCGGGUACCACCCCGGGGGCGGUGGCGAUUUCAUGUCUGCGGCUGGGAAGGCGAGGAAGACUGCUGCUGGAAAGGCGCACAAGCACGACAGGAGCUCGCCGGAGUACGACGAUGGCGCCGACAAUGUGGACUUGUCUAUGGCUGGGAAGGCGAGGAAGACUGCUGCUGGAAAGGCGCACAAGCACGGCAGGAGCUCGUCGGAGUACGGCGAUGGCGCCGAUGACAUGGACUUGUCUCUCAGGCUAUGAUCGACCUACUAGUUUGUCCCAGAUCCACACCCAGCUUACUACUAGUUGACAGCGCGCAUCCGCUACAUGAUUCGGUAUGCCGAGGUCUUCUUUGGUGAUUACAUGUGAAACUGCUGCUAUGCCUGCUUGUUUCAAGCUCUGUGUGUGUUGGAUUCUUAUGUUCUUUUUCCGUUGAGUUUUUCCUCAUGAAAUUCCUUGACCAGAAAGAAAGUUUGAUCUUAUGACGUUGCUAGUUGCUAGUGUGUUUUCGAGUGUUUAUGUUGGGUUGGCUCUGUGCAUCGUAAUUAUGCAGAGGCCAGGUGUGUGCUCAUAUUGUAUCCUCUCGAUGCUCUAUUUGAGCCAAUAAAAUUCACCCUUUAUCUAAAAAAGAAAAGAAGUUUGAUAAUUUACAUUUAUCCGUCCAAAAUUCGUGCUUGCUUUGUCUGGUCUGCUGGUCUUUGUUUUGAUUUCAUUGCUUAGCUUUUUCAAAUAAUUCAAAUAUAUAUAAGCGCGAUAGAAUAGCCUAUUCUACACCACCCCUAAUAACGCUAUAUACAAUAUCUAAUAAAACAUUGUAUGAAAUAUAGCACUUCAGAAGU